AUGGCGAGGUGGGGAGUUAUGUUAGUGCUUGUUCUAACAGUUGUCAACACAACUGCUAGAAACCUACCUAAUAAGGACGCUGGCCUCAACGACCAGAAGAACUUCAUCAGCUUUGGUGGCGUUGGCGGCUAUGCUGGCCUCGGUGGAGGGCUACCAUCACUUGGUGGCGGUAUUGGCGGGGUGGCCGGUGUGAUGCCUAUAGGCGGCGGAUUUGGAGGCACCACCCCGUUGGGUGGCUUCGGUGGUGGCAGCGGCGGUGGAGCUGGUGGUGGUGGUGGCCUUCCUCUUCCUUGA